AUGUUUGUACUUUAUCGUACAAUAUGUACAUCUUCUACUCAACCUGUUAUUCGUUCUCUACUAUUAUCUACUAUUCGCUCGUCACCAUUAACUACUUCUAAACAUUUUCCAUUAUCCAUUUGUUCUUCAACGACAUGUUAUUCCACGUUAUCAUUAUUGAACAAAAAUUUAUUAUUUAAAUGUCAUAAACUACGUUAUUCUCCAUAUUAUGCACUUGUAAAUACUUUAAAAACAUUUAAAAAUCAAUCAUCAGCUGUUAAAUUUCAACGACGACAGUUGCAUCCAAAUAAUCCCAUUCAUCCUCCAAAUUAUGUACCACCAUCACCAUCAACACCAUUACCACUAACAACACCGUUAGUAAAAUCUCAAUCGAGUAUAUUUCAACGAUUUCGUCAAGCCUAUGUUCAAUAUGGAAAAGUUUUAAUUGCUAUUCAUUUUGUUACAUCAUGGAUGUGGAUUUCAGGAUUAAUUUUUAUUCAUUUCAAUGGUUUAGAUUUAGGAAUGUGGAUGAUGAAUGGUCUAGUGUAUUUACAUGUGAUUAGCGAUGAACGUCGUACAAAAUUUAUUCAGAAAAUGGACGAUUUUCAAAUUAUGUCAAUUAUUAAAAAAUUACCUCUACUUACUGAAAAACAAGUUGAAUAUUUUAAUAAUUACUUUACUGGUGAACGUGUACGAUUAUUAGCCACUGCCAUUUUACUUUAUAAAUUUAUUAUGCCUCUUCGUUAUGCAGCUUCAUUAGGUUUAACAGCAUUUUUAUCUAAAACAUUAUUGAAACGUGGCAUUUUGAAAAAACCACCACAAGGUGACACACUCAAAGAAUUAUAUCAUGAUCAAAAAGAAUUAAUUGGACGUAAUGUUAGACGAGCAAGAGAAAAUAUUAAAAGUAAAAUUAAAAAACGGACGAGAAGAGGAAAAAUAAUUCAUUAG